UAGAACGUAAAGUUUAACUCUACGCUAUUGUGUUUAUAUAUUUUUUCGUAGCUGUCUUAUCGAGGCUGUCGUUCAACUACCAUAAACUGUAUCGAGCCAGGGCUUCUCUUAUAAAGCUUGAUCCUUGUUGAUCUGCUUGCACUUCAGUUCAUUCGCUGAUUGUGAGUCAACUCGUCGAGCAAGUCGGUUCUGCUUUUCCUUACAAGAGUAACAGACUUUUGUUUUCGCUAAAAUGGAGUUCCUCAGCUUCGAUUCAAAGUCGAAAUCGUUAACGCUGAAGAAGGGUGACAUCCCGGUACCAAAGCCUGACGAAGUUUUAGUCAAAGUUGCAUAUUCUGGUAUUUGCGGAACGGAUUUACACAUUGUUGAGGGUUCAUUUCCUUGUAAAAGCGACGGCCCUGUGACAUUGGGUCACGAGUUCUCGGGUGUUGUUCAAGCCAUUGGUUCUGAGGUGACAGUGUUUUCGGUUGGACAGAGGGUUGCCGUUGACCCAAACAGCGGAUGCAACAUUUGUACGUUCUGUCACGGUGGCGAUUAUCACUUUUGUCAAAGUGGCGGAAUACACAAUACGAUUGGAAUAUAUCGCAACGGAGGUUGGGCCUCGCAUUGCGUUGUUCCAGAGUCGCAGGUCCAUUUAGUUCCCGAUGGUGUCGAACUGCCUCAGGCAUCACUUGCCGAGCCAUUGUCCUGCUUGGUGCACGGAUGGGAUAUAAUAAAUCCAGUUCACGUUGGAUCCAGAGUUCUGGUCAUUGGAGCUGGUAUUAUCGGUUCCCUUUGGUCGUGUCUUCUGCAUCUCCAUGGGCAGCGAAAAUCUGUUACGGUCAGCGAGCCGCAGGCGAAGCGACGAGAGCUGUUCGGAAAACUGGGUCUGGAUUAUAAGGCAGUCAGUCCGACGGACUUGAAAGGUCGAGAGUUCGAUUUGGCGAUAGACUGCAGUGGUUCUGGUCCUGCUAUCGAGUCGGCCAUACCCCUGCUGGGCAAGGGCGGUCGCAUGUGUAUAUUCGGAGUUGCCAGUCCUCAGGCGGAAGUGAAAUUCAAGCCGUUUGAGGCUUACAUGAAGGAGCUGCAAAUCGUCGCCGUUAAUAUAAACCCGUUCACUUUCCCGAAGGCGUUGUUAUUGCUGAAAGCUAUGGCCGACACCUACCUCAAUUACGAAAAACUAGGAAUCGGUGUCUACUCACUGUCACAGUAUCAAGAUGCUCUUGAUGCUCUGAAAACUGGUGUGAUCAGCAAAGCAGUAUUUAAGCUUUAACUCUUGUGUGUAGUUUAAAAUUGCUUCCUAUAUUCAAACAGCGUGAUGGAUACACGCACAAACCCCUGUAAAGUAUAAAUUUACGCAGAAAAUUUUACGAGUAAAGCUUCGCGUAGAUGAAUUACUUGCGAAACUGGCGACAUCGGUGAUUUUGAUCUAAUUCAGUAGUAUAAAUGAAUGAUGUACAUAUUACGUGUAUGUAAUAUAAAGCAACAGCAUGUAAAUUAACUACAUGGCGCCGUUAUUAGC